AUGUAUGUUGGUGACAAGCUCCACGUGCCUCAGGGUGCAGCUGACACAUCGUGGAACCACAGCGGUGUGGAAGAGUCUCAUCACCUCAUUGACGGUUACUUUCACCCUGAGGUCAACCCACAGGGCAACCUUUCGGUGAUGUGCGGAGAGCUGGCCUUACGUCGCGUCCAGUGCACUCCGGCCCCAGAUGCUUUCAACCCUUGCGAGGACGUUAUGGGCAACGGAGGUCUCCGGGUGGCCGUCUGGAUGGUAGUAGUGGCUGCCGUGUCCGGAAACCUGGCCGUCCUUGUAGUGCUUCUCAGUUCUCAGUUCGCCAUGAGCGUCUCCAAGCUCCUCAUGUGCCAGCUAGCCCUAGCCGAUCUAUGCAUGGGAGCUUACCUGCUCCUUCUGGCUGCCGUAGAUGCCCACACCAUCGGGUCGUACUUCAAUCACGCCAUCCCGUGGCAGCACGGCUGGGGCUGCCAGGUGGCUGGUUUCUUGACCGUGUUUGCAUCCGAGCUGUCUAUUUUCACACUGACCGUCAUCACUCUGGAACGUUGGUAUGCCAUCACUUACGCUAUCCACCUCAAUCGAAGACUCAAGCUCCGCACGGCAGCUAAGGUCAUGGCAGUCGGCUGGGUCCUGUCCACGUUAGCAGCCACGUUGCCUCUUGUGGGAGUCAGCAACUACACCAAGACCUCCAUCUGCCUGCCCAUGGAAACCCGAAGACCACAAGACCUCGCCUACCUGGCCUCCCUGCUCACAGGCAAUGGACUGGCCUUCAUGUUAAUCUGCGCAUGUUACGGACACAUGUACGCUUCCAUCGCCGGUGGAAGAAGGCACAAUGCCUCGGCAGCAGGAACGGACACAACAGUCGCGAAGCGGAUGGCCUUGCUUGUAUUCACGGAUUUCGCGUGCUGGGCACCGAUCGCGUUCUUUGGCCUUACUGCUGUUUCGGGGUACCCUCUUAUCGACGUCCCUCAUUCCAAAAUAUUACUCGUCUUCUUUUACCCGCUUAAUUCGUGCGCUAAUCCUUUCCUGUACGCUAUCCUGACAAAGCAGUACCGUCGGGAUCUGUUUGUUCUUCUCAGUCGCUACGGCUUCUGCACCAGAAGGGCGCUCAAGUACAAGGACUCCUCGUCCGUUCUGCAAACGGCUCCCAACAAUAACAGGAUACAUCUGGUGUCCUUGCAGGGGAAUAGCACCGGUGGAGGGAAACAAGUGGAGAUCGAGAGGGAAUCCGAGAGUCACUCGUCGACCCAUAAGGGAUCACCACACCCGAUCAGAAAUAGUUAUACCAAGUUAAACUCGGCGGGUAGCCGGUGUGCGACCAUAUCGCUCAGUGAAUAGAGUGGAGGGGACAGAUUAUUAUGGCGGUGUCAACGCAGUGGAGGAUCGGACGGAGAGCCGCGAUACCUCGUGCAGAACCAGUCCUCCGAGGAACCACAUGGCAGAACUUUACUUAUCCCUCAGUAUGGAACGCACGCACAAUUCCUGUCACCUCACCAAGAAGCGAGAAUAUGAGCUAUUUGCUAGGUUGGACGCCAACAGGAGUAUAAACGUUCUCGUUUGAACUAUAGGGUCAUGUGUCGUAGGAAGAUAAAUCGAGAAAGCAUUGUACACGUCACUCUGAGCGCUAUUUCGACAAGCUAAUGGCUCA